AUGGAGGAUUGUGAAAUCAUAGGGAUUCUAUUCGAAUUCAUAGGCGAAAUUCUGUUUGGGUCUGACGAGGACGACGAUGACGCUUAA